UGCAUGUUUAUUUCCAGAUAUUUGCUUGUUAUCAUAAUGUUGCUUGAAAACUAGAUUUGUAAUCUUUUUUUAUGAUUUCUAAGUAUAAUUUACUUUUUAGUUAUAGAUUAUCAAUUUUUCCGGUCUCGUUGAAAUCAAAUUUAAAACUAUUAGCUCGCAACAUGUCAUCUGUAUCAAAUCCUAUUGCAAAUGAAACUGAUGAAGCUGAACUGAUGAAGAAACUUGGACUUGACAGUGAAACAUAUCUUCUCGUUGAUAUUGGUGCUAAUUUAACUAAUAAAAAAUAUGCUCGAGAUCUUGAUGGUGUCAUUCAAAGAGCCAAAGACUCAGGUGUUCAGAAAAUUAUGGUUACUGGGACUUGUGUUCAAUCAAGCCAAGAUAGUUUACGAUUAACUCGCUUAUAUCCAACAACACUUUACUCAACUGCAGGAGUACAUCCUCAUGAUGCCAAGACUUGGACUGAUGAAACUGAAACAUUUAUUCGUGAUUUAGCUGCUAAUAAUUCCGAAGUUGUUGCUAUUGGUGAAUGUGGACUAGAUUUUAACCGAAACUUUUCUCCUCCAGAAACUCAACUUGAGGUAUUUGAAAAGCAAGUUCAAAUAGCUUGUGACCUUAAAAAACCAUUAUUUGUCCAUGAACGAGAAGCUCAUGAAGAUAUGGUCAAAAUCCUCACCAAAUAUUCAAGCCGCCUUCCCCCAACUGUGAUACAUUGUUUUACGGGAACAAUUGAUGAAGCAAAAAAAUACAUUGAACUUGGCUAUUAUAUUGGAUUAACUGGUUUUCUCUGGAAGGAUAAAUCAGACAAUGGAGUUCGUAAAACACUUGAAGAAAAAGUUAUACCUUUGGAUCGAUUAAUGGUAGAAACUGAUGCACCCUUUAUGUAUCCAAACACAAGAGCCAACAAGUUACCCGAAAAAGUUAAAAAAACUCUCACUGAUCGGUCCCUCAGCUUUCUUGAGCGAUAUUGUACAUUUCAGCGUAAUGAACCCUGUUCUUUACCUGUGACCGUUGAAAUGGUUUCAGCUUUUCUCGAAGCAAAGCCGGAAGAUGUUGCCUUAAAAACAAGCUUCAAUGCUCUUAAAGUGUUUGGCCUUACAUAAAAAGAUCUGCAAAAUUUCAUCGAUACCAUUCUUAUCGACGUUAUAACUUGAAAAAUAAGGAAUCUUAUUACAAUAUUGUCAAAGACUGUGUCUAGUAACAGAUUGUUUUAUGGUUUCAAAUUAAACUAAUCAUUCAAUUUUUUGACUUGACUUAUUU